AUGACCAAUUUUGAUCAACCUCCUCCUCACAUUGACCCCCACCACCUCCAGCUGCAAAACUUGGGGACAAAACCAGAAAAACGCAUGAGCUUACAUAGUGCGUCUCGAGCAAAGGGGUUUGAUGAAGAAGAGAACGACAGACAUGACCGCCUAGAAAUUCAGGAAGAAGCCCGGUCGCCGGCCUUGUCCAUUCAAGAUGAAGAAGAUGAGGCAGACGAUGGGGACGACCACAGAGCUCUGCUGAGCUCUACGAUAGUCCGUAGAGGCGAAAAUAGCUCUCCGCAUCAUCAAAAUGAACGCUCCAAACUGAGAAAUGCAUCGCACGUGUCAAACUGGCGUUUCAUGAAAGAUAUUUUUGUUGAGACAAUGCCUACCCUGAUGUUCGCUCUCUUGGGAACAUUUUUGACUGGCGAACUGUUGGAGCUGUUAGCGACUUGGCAAGCAUUUAAAAACAUAAAUGAAUUGCUCAUUCUUGUCCCAAUGCUUCUCAACCUGAAAGGCAACCUAGAAAUGAAUCUAAGUGCAAGACUUUCCACCGCCUCGAAUAUGGGUGAUCUCGACACUCGCGAGGUACGGCGGUCAUUGAUCUCCGGAAACUUGUCACUGCUUCAAGUCCAAGCCCUCCUUGUAUCAUGUCUCGCGGCUGCAGUCUCCUCUCUUAUUGGCAUGAUCCUUCCAUCUGAAAAUGAAACUCCUAAAACACCGGCAUCUGGCACAAUGGCAUCCUUGGCGGAAGGAGCACUCCGUCUUGCUAUUCGUGCCCAUCCACACCGCCCGCCGUCUACCCUCCCUACUCCCGCUAACUCUGGUCCACGCGAGUUCAUGAUUAUUCUCCUCGUCGCACAGACUGCUGCCAGCUUGAGCUCAAUUAUAUUAGGCGCCUUUAU